AUGACUAUCAUCGGACUAACCGAAACGAGACGACGCUGGCCACUCAACGCCGGAUCUGACAAUAAAGAAAAACUGCUCUUACGAAUAUGCGACAAUAGAGGAGCUGUUGAAGUUGCUGCCCUCGUCAACACGAAUAUGGCAAUGAACAUCAACUCUUUCGAACAACUGACGAUCCGAAUAGGACGUGUACGGAUGAGAACAUGUGAGUCAAUACUAGCUGUGACUAUCUUCGUCGGCCACGGUCCAAGAUCAGCUUAUGAAGAAGUUGAAGUUUUCUAUACGGAUUUUGAAAAGUUCACCAAAGGUCAUUCUAUCUACAAAUUCAUAGUGGGCGAUUCUGAAGCCAAAAUUGGUCCCUGA